CUCUUUCUCUCUUUUCGACGGUUAAUCAAUUUUUUUUUAGUUUCUUUCAAUUUCAGCCAUGUCGACCACAGCGGCUCAACCCAAGUCAAAGAAAACAGCUUCGACAAAGAAGCCACUUUCUCAUCCAACCUACGCUGAGAUGAUAACUGAGGCUAUUGUGAGUCUGAAAGAAAGAACUGGUUCAAGCCAACACGCGAUAACCAAAUUCAUCGAAGAAAAGCACAAGGAUCUAUCUCCCACCUUCCGCAAAUUAAUCUUGCUUCAUCUCAAAAAGUCGGUGGCUGCAGGCAAGCUUGUUAAGGUUAAGGGUUCAUUCAAACUCGCUCCGGCUAAAUCUUCUGUGGCUAAACCUAAAGCCGCUACUGCUCCCGCUGCUACCAAGAAGGCUAAGGCUGUUACCAAGCCAGCCGCCAAGGCUGCUACCAAGCCCAAGGCUAAAGCUGUUGCGAAGCCUAGCAGCGGCAAAGCCCAAAGCUGCAACGAAGCCGAAAACGGCGCGAAGCCAAAAGCGAAGACGGUUAAGACAACACCGGUGAAGAAGGCUGUUGCUAAGACAACGAAGAAGGUUCCUGUGAAGGGUGUGAAGAAGCCUAAGAGCGUUAAAACGCCGGUGAAGAAGGCUAAGAAAUGAUAAAUUAGGGUUUUUUGUGUGUGUAUUUCUGAGUUAAUUACUUAUUAUUAUAAUUAUUAUUAUUAAUUAAUAGAGAUGAAUAUUGUGUUAGAAGUUUGUUUAUGUAAAUUCUUGAGUAGAAAUAGAACAAGUCUUCUUGUACUUGAGACAUCUCUAAUGAAUCAGGUUUUCGGUUUUGAAUUGGA